UUCUUUUUUUUGGUCUGCUCCAGGCCACCUGUUGUGUCUCAUCGCCUUUGGGAAUUUUGGAACAAGAUUUGUUUUUUUUUGACGAGGAACCAGAAAUUCGGCUUUGUGGUCCUCCAUAAAAGAGCCAUCACAGGACGCCUUCCACAGCAAAGAGCUGUUGGCUUUACAUUGAACUAUCAUGUGGAGACUUCUGUCCCUUCUUCUGCUGCCCUUGCCGGGAGAUUUUUUGGCCUUCGGGAGACCAGUAGUGGAAAAUCGCAUUGUCGGUGGGGCAGACGCAGUAAAAGGAGCUUGGCCAUGGCAGGUUGACCUACAAAUAAAUGGGAAAUCGAUAUGUGGCGGGUCCCUCCUCAACGAGUCUGUGGUUCUGACUGCUGCACAUUGCUUUACAAAGAUGGAUUUCUCAGUUUUCACGGUCUACCUCGGGGCGUACCAGCUCACCAACCUGGAGGACAGCAGUGUCGUGGCCAGAGCUGUCCAAAAUGUCGUCAUACACCCCAAUUUCACAGGAGAUAGUGGGGACAUCGCCCUGGUGAUACUAGAUAGACCGGUGGAAUUUACACCAAACAUCCUUCCCGUCUUCCUCCCAUCGCCGACGCUUGAAAUUCCAGAAGGGGCACUAUGCUGGGCAACUGGAUGGGGGAACACUUUACAAAACGCUCAGCUUCCGUCCCCUGGGACCCUACAGGAGGUGCAGUUGGCUUUGAUCAGCAACAAUAACUGCGAGGCUAUGUAUCAGUCCUUGUUCAAAGUCAAGCCCAAGGAUCCUAUGAUCAAAGCCGACAUGAUGUGUGCUGGCUACAAGAAAGGCAAAAAAGACGCUUGCAAGGGCGACUCCGGCGGCCCUCUGGUUUACAAAGUGGAUGGCACUUGGGUUCAAGUUGGGAUUAUCAAUUGGGGAAUUGGCUGCGCCCAGCCAAACCUACCCGGUGUCUACACAAAUAUCCAGUAUUACCUGCCCUGGCUCAUGACGUACGUACCGUCUCUCGGCAGAGCGCAGAUCGUUUCACACUCGUUCAUGGCCAUCUCAGAGUCGGGAAAUGAAACUUCUUUUGACGGUUAUGCCAACAUGGCGACACUGUCAUCCGGCGCUCCAUCUCGCAUGUAUGUCCUGCUCAUGGUUAACCUCUUCUGGCUGAUGUUCCUUUCAUGGUAAAUCCCAUCCCGUGUUUAGUUCCAUGUCUUCUUGUACAUAAAACCCUUUUGAAAGGUGGAAGUGGCUUCACUUCAAAGCAAUAAAUGUGGCACUACGGGGGUUAUUUACUAAAAUCGGAGAGUGCAAAAUCUGGUGGAACUCGGCAUAGACACCGAUCGGCUUCCAGGUUUUAUUGCUUAAUUGAGCAAGCUGAAGAAUUUUUCUUUUUACUUCUUUUGAGUGACAUUGAGUUUCGUGUUUCUCCCCGAGAGACAAUUUAUUUUAUUAUUUAUAUUAUUCAGAACCAUGCAAAAAAGUACCGGGGGAAAGAAGGAUUAUGUGUUGGCACCAUCAAUGCCUACAGAAACGUUGCAACAAUUAAAAACGUAAACCGUUUUAUUCAAUAGAAAAUAAUAAAAGUUGUACACAUUUGGCCCAGAUUCUCAAAAGAGAUACGCCGUCGUAUCUCUGCCUAGC